AUGUCUGAGAUGUCUCAACUGGUCGUUGAAGAAGUCCCUGCUGGGGCCGAAGCCGAGCCGGUGCUUGAGUUCAACUUUGAGAUGAUGGUGUCCAAUCCAUACGUGAAAAAUCGCGAUUUUGUAGAAUUACUGAAGAGCAUGGAAUCCAGCGUGGGACCCAUACCAAGGCACGUGAAAAACAUCUUUCACUUGUGCGGAUUCACCACAACAUCCAUUAUUAGUAGCAUUGGAGAAAAAGAACUCAGGGAGUGCCAGGAGUAUAUAAUACAGGCGGACAGAGAAUUGGCUCCAGCAGUAGAGGAGAUAUACUCUACGUAUUAUGCAUGUCCGGAGAAAUUUCGAUUCACGCCUGGGGAUAUCAUUAUUAUAAACAAAAUGAUCCAGUACUCCAAGGAAGGUUUCAGGCCCGAAACAAAACCUUACACUCCUCGGGAUUGUUUGAAAGCUAGUACCAAUGAGACACAAGAUAUGCUUCGACAAAAAAUAGUGUCUUGGUUGAAGGAACAUGAAUUCCAUUUCACAGACGUGAUAGUUACUAUAUCUAAAAAUGCCAAUACUGAUUCAGGAGCUACAGGACUAAUAGUUUGUCCAAUAUGUGGCAAAACAAUAAAACUUUCCUCAUCAACUGGAAAAAAAAAGAGAUGGAUUAUUUCAAAUUUUACGAAACAUAUUCUCAGCCUACACAUGAACCCAGAAGUCAAUUCUUGUGAAGAUGAAAAUGAAGUUGAUGAUUGUGGCAACAUUGUUGAGAAAAAGAAAACUAUGAUCCAACCAACGUUGAAGCAAUGCAUCUCCAAGCAGAAUAAUACUAGUGAAGACAAUAUGAUGUGAUUUUUCCUUUACAUUUAUUAAAAGUGUAAAAUAUGAAAAUAAUGGUCCUAGUUGAAAUCCCAGAACUAUUUUUGUGAUACUUUAAUGUGAGUUAGUUUAUAAUUUAAUUUUCCUUAUCUUGAUUUUUUAAGGAAAUGAACAUGACUGAUGAAUAAUUUAAUAAUACAGUUAGUGAUAAAAAUAAAAAGAAUUAUUUGAGAA